CACGUUCCCCUCCCCUCAAAUGACCCAUUGUUAGUUUCUACAUCGGUGGUCUUUAUCAAAUCUGUCAGAUUUCUCGGGUGCUUUACACCGGGUACACAGUUUAAAAGUCCAGUUAAAUAUUAAUGCAGUCACUGAUCAUGAAAAGUUCAAAGGAAGCUGUGCAGACUGCUGCCAAGGAGUUCCUGCAGUUCGUGAACAAAGGAGUGUCUCCAUACCACGUGGUUGAUGAGUGUAAGUCCCGUCUGCUGGGGGCUGGCUUUACUGAGCUGAAGGAGACUGAGCAGUGGAACAUCAAGCCUGCCAGUAAGUACUUUGUGACCCGUAACUACUCCUCCAUCAUCGCUUUUGCUGUGGGUGGACAUUUCAAGCCAGGCAAUGGCUUCACUAUGAUUGGAGCACACACAGACAGCCCCUGUCUGAGGAUUAAGCCACGGUCCAAGAAGACCAAACAGGGCUGUCUGCAGGUCGGGGUGGAAUGCUACGGUGGAGGAAUCUGGAACACCUGGUUUGACCGGGAUCUGACCAUUGCCGGUCGUGUUAUGGUCAAGACUGGAGAUAAGCUGGUCCAUCGUCUGGUUCACGUGCCCCGGCCGAUCAUGAGGAUCCCCCACCUGGCCAUCCACCUCCAGAGGGACAUCAACGACUCCUUCGGCCCCAACAAGGAGAACCACCUAGUGCCCAUCCUAGCCACUGCUGUACAGGAGGAGUUGGAGACUGGCUGCUGUUCCACUGGAGAUGCCUGCGAUGCCGCCACUUUUGCAGAGAAGCACCACCCAGUCCUGGUCAAGGUGCUGUGUUCAGAGCUGGAUGUUCAGCCUGAGGCCCUGCUGGACUUUGAGCUGUGUCUGGCUGACACUCAGCCAGGGGCAAUUGGAGGUGUGUUUGAAGAGUUCAUCUACUCCCCCCGUCUGGACAACCUCCACAGCUGCUACUGUGCCCUACAGGCUCUGAUGGACUCCUGCAUAUCUGGAGACUCUUUGGCCACAGACCCCAACAUCAGGAUGGUGACUCUGUUUGACAAUGAAGAGGUGGGGUCAGAGAGCGCCCAGGGGGCAGCGUCCAACCUGACAGAGCUAAUCCUGAGUCGACUGUCCUCCUCCACCAACCUCACAGCCUUCCAGCAGGCGGUGCCACGCUCCUUCAUGAUCAGCGCCGACAUGGCCCACGCCCUGCACCCCAACUACCAGGAGAAGCAUGAUGAAAACCACAGACCAGCCUUCCACAAGGGUCCUGUAGUUAAAUUCAACAGUAACCAGCGCUAUGCCACCACGGCUGUGACAGCCUCCAUCUUGAGAGAGAUCGCCAGUCGUGUUGGUGUGCCUCUUCAGGAUGUGAUGGUGCGUAACGACAGCCCCUGUGGGACCACCAUCGGCCCCAUCCUGUCUUCCCGCCUGGGGAUCCCCGUGCUGGACAUCGGUGCCCCCCAGCUGGCCAUGCACUCCAUCAGGGAGAUGUGCUGCACCUCCGGAGUGCUCCAGUCUACCAACCUAUUCAAGGGCUUCUUUGAGCUCUUCCCCACUGUGAGAGACAUGGUGACUGUGGACUAGCCUGGGGGAAGGACACAGCAUGGACAGAAGGACAGACAGAUGUCCUCCUCUGGGUCUCUACACACUGUGUUAUUUGCAUACUCGCAUGACACACAGUGCUACAGCAGAACGUUUUGCACACAUUCAGAGGCAAGGAAAGUUUCCUUCAAAUGAUGUUUCUGAUGAACUAAAAUAGUUUAUAAAAUAAUACAAUUUUAAUCUACA